CAAUUUUCAACCGUUGAACGUUCAACUAAUCAAUUGCUUGACAAAGCGCGAAUCGAAUCCAAGGCAGUUCCGCGUCGUCGUAGUGGAGGAACAGAGAUGGACGACGAGAGAGUCAAGGCGGAGGCUCUGCAGAUUAUAGGAAUGUUUCAAGUUCUUCCGAGAUUGGUAGUUUUCGACCUCGAUUACACUCUCUGGCCAUUCUAUUGUGAUUGUCUCUCAAAACGUGAACAACCAUCUCUGUUUCCUCAUGCCAAUGGCAUAUUAUAUGCACUUAAAGACAAGGGAAUUGACCUUGCCAUCGCUUCUAGAUCACCAACAUCUGAUAUUGCCAACGCGUUUAUUGAUAAAUUAGGAAUCAAGUCACUGUUCGUAACUCAGGAGAUUUUUGCUAGUUGGACACACAAAACAGAUCAUUUCCAGAGAAUUCAUUCGAGUACCGGCGUACCUUUCACGUCUAUGCUAUUUUUUGACGACGAGGAUCGGAAUAUCGUAACGGUUUCAAAAAUGGGAGUCACAAGUAUUCUGGUUGACAAUGGAGUUAAUCUUGAGGCACUGAGGCAGGGACUUACAACUUACGCCCACAAUAUGAACAAAAUUGACCACAACAAGAAGAAAUGGACAAACUACACUCAAAACUCAACUUCAUCUGAGAGGACGGGGUAAAAAAAUGACACGGUUUAUUUAUAGCAAACUAUAUAUGAUAAAUGACAUAUAAAGUAAAUAGUUGUAUGUUGUAAACAGAGUUAUAUUUGAUUAAAUUAUAUAUGAUAGAUAGUUAUAUGGUAGAUGAUUAUAUCUGGUAAAGCUAUAUAUAAUUAAACUGAACUGGGUAGUAUUUUGAAAUGUAUUUUUUUGUGUUCUCUGUAUUCUCUCUUACGAUACUUAUUAGGAGUUAUCAAUAUAAAUCUUUAGCCUAUACUUGUUGCA